CUCAGUUAGUUAGUAGUAUUGUAUCGGCGUCUGGCGCGCGCGCGCGCGCUCUUUCCUCUCUUUAUUUGCUUCCGCUCGGCGAUUUCUAUCAGCCGUUCAAGUUUUCUCCGCACUGAACCGAAACUUGAACUGAAUCGUAGCCUCUCGCUCCGUGAACCAUCAAGGAUGGAAGAGUACUUGCAGUACAUGAAGACAUUGCGCCUGCAAAUGAACGACGUCGAGGAUCAAGCUUCGAAGAUCUCUGUCGAAGAGCACAUGCUCUUUACUACUAUUCAAACCAUGGAGAACGAUCUUAUUUCUGCAAAAAGUGAGUUAAAACAACUCAAAGAGGAUGCUGAGCAAAUGAUGCGGGCAAAGGGCGAAAUAUGCUCCCAGAUAUUAGCAAAACAAAGAAAAAUAGCCUCUUUGGAGUCUGACAUAUCUACACUUUCACAGACACUCGAGCUCAUUCAACAAGAAAAGGUCAGUUUAGGCGCCAAAAUCAUUGAGAAGAGUAUUUAUUAUACCAAAGCUGCUGAGGAGAUCAAUCUGAAAUUUCAAGAUCUACAGGACUGGGUAAAUGCUAACAUGAUUCGCAGAGAAGUGGAAGAGCACGAAUUGGUUAAACUUGACACCGCUGAGCGAGCAAGUGAAACUGAAGGAUCUUCUGAUACAAUUCGAGGGAUCUCUGGCACUCAGAUUUACUGCAAUCCAAAAAAUCUGGUGGAAGAGAAGAAAGAUCUAUUGGGCAAGUUGGAAUCUGCUAAAGCCAAACUUAGUCAAGUUACGAAAAUGAAAUGUGCAGUUAUUUUGGAGAAUUCCAAGAUUGCACAGUCAAUUGAGGAAGUUAAGAGCAGAUUAAAUGAGUUCGAUGUUAGUGUACGUGGUGCAGAUGACAUUUACUCUAUUUUGUCAGAAUCAGCCCGUUUUAUUACAAUAUCAUGUGUAAUACUUUUGCCUGGCUUAAAACUUCAGCCAGAACUCAGGGAAAUGGAUGUCGUUACAUUGGACGAAGAGUACAAGGCUCUCUUAUCAGAUAAAGCUGGAGAAACGGAGUACUCACAGUCCCUUCAAGACCAAAUUGCAAAACUGAAGGGAAUUUCCCGUGUGAUUAAAUGCACUUGUGGAGAGGAAUACAAGGCUGGAGUAGACCUAUGUGGAUGACGAUGCAGGAUUUUUAUCAUGAACAGAAUUUGGAAGAGUAAGGAAGAAAUCGAAUAAUGCUAACCACUAUACAGGUGAUUUAGGGAGGAAUAGAUGCUUGGUGGUCUUGUCUUAGAAUCUGUCAAAACUUAACUUGUUGAACAGGUAAUUGCUUUACUUGUUGCCACGUGUUAUAUUCUAUUUUAAUGUGAGUAAUGUGCUUGAUUCUAA